AUGGCCUCAACCACCCCUUCCAAAGCUGGCCACUCUCGUCAUGAUACUGCUCUGAUCCAUGGUCUGUCAGCGACCGAAGUUCAACAGCUUUCGGAAGCAUGCGUCGAAGCUAAAGCCAGGGCAUACUGCCCGUAUUCGAAAUUCAGAGUUGGUUGCUCGCUGCUUCUGGCGAAUGGAAGUAUUGUUCAGGGUGCCAACGUUGAGAAUGCUGCGUAUCCGGUUGGAACGUGUGCUGAGCGAGUCGCGAUUGGCACUGCUGUGGUACAGGGUGCAAAGAAGGGAGACAUCCGAGCCAUAGCGGUCGCCACCGAUAUCAGCCCACCUGCGAGUCCGUGCGGAAUGUGCAGACAGUUCAUCAGGGAGUUUUGCGAGCUCAAUUGCCCGAUCAUGAUGUAUGACAAGGAUGGCAAGUCGACUGUGAUGACUCUGGAGAUGUUGCUACCAAUGUCUUUCGGUCCAGAGAAGCUCCUAUCGACUGACGAAUUGACGGCGAAUAUCGGGUCACAAUAA